UGUCCCAUCAUUGGUAUCAGUGUCAGUGGGAGGAGGAAUAGUGCCCCAUCAUUGGUGUCAGUGGGGGGAGGAAUCGUGCCCCAUCGUUGGUGUCAGUGGGGGAGGAAUAGUGCCCCAUUGUUGGUGUCAUUUGGGGGAGGAAUAGUGCCCCAUCGUUGGUGUCAGUGGGAGGAAUAGUGCCCCAUCAUUGGUGUCAGUGGGAGGAAUAGUGUCCCAUCGUUGGUGUCAGUGGGAGGAAUAGUGCCCCAU